UCAGCGAGGCCGCCGGCCGCCCAGUCGACGCGAACUCUCUUGCGCGCCGCUCGCGCUCAAACCGCACGACGCUCCCGCCAAAAACAACUGUCAAACUCGAUUCGCUAUUCGAAAUUUUCUUUUUUCGCUUUUCGGCCCGUGGCGGGAAGUCUUUUGGCGCGUCCACGAUUUUGUCAUCAGUGAGUGCUAGCGACAAAACGUUCGAGCUAAUCACCGCGCGUAACCGUGUUUCAAAAAUAAAACGUUGCCGAUUCGAAACCGGAGCACCUCGAAGUUGACUCGAUGACAAUACUCUCACGAUAGCAACAUGGAAACGACCGACAAAUGAUAUCAAACAACAAUUAUGAAACGUAGAAAAUAUGAAACCAUGGUAUCAUUCAUUAAGUUUAUAAAAAUACCCAAAAAGCCGCAACACGAACGGUCCGCUUGAUGAUUAUAACACUGCCAAAUUAAAAAGUGCCUUAACGACAUCGAACCGUUAUUGAUUAUUGAAUUGGUGCUUACAACAAUAAAUAGAGUAAAAUAAUGUUAGUGAAUGGACAAAAAGUGUGUGGUACCGGACUGAAUUUAAGAUGUUAGACGUGUUUCGCGGAUUAAAAAAUCUGAUAAAGGUGAACUAUGUACACAUCGACUCGCCAGUGUUCAGACUGCACUACUCAAUAACCGUGAUCCUCUUGAUAUCGUUCAGUCUGAUUGUGACAACGCGGCAGUACGUGGGAAACCCGAUCGACUGCAUCCACACUAAGGACAUCCCGGAGGACGUGUUGAACACGUACUGCUGGAUCCACUCCACGUACACGCUCAAGAGCUUCUUCAACAAGAAGGUCGGCGUGGAGGUGCCCUACCCCGGCAUCGGGAACAGCCGCGAGAAGGGAAAGGAAGAUAUGAGUGACAGGAAGAUCUAUAAGUACUACCAAUGGGUGUGUUUCUGCCUAUUCUUUCAGGCGAUGUUAUUCUACGCACCACGGUGGUUAUGGAAGUCCUGGGAGGGGGGCAAGAUCCGCGCGCUGAUGAUGGACCUCGACGUGGGGGUCUGCACGGAGAUAGAGAAGAAGACGAAGAAGAAACUCAUCCUGGACUACCUGUGGGAGAACCUGCGGUAUCACAACUGGUGGGCGUACCGGUAUUACCUGUGUGAAGGACUCGCGCUUGUCAAUGUUAUUGGGCAAAUGUUCCUGAUGAACCGGUUCUUCGACGGCGAGUUCUUGACCUUCGGCCUGGACGUGAUCGCCUACAUGGAGUCAGACCAGGAAGACCGGAUCGACCCUAUGAUUUACAUAUUUCCUAGAAUGGUGAAGUGUACACUAUUCAACAAAUUCGGAUCAUCGGGCGAGGUGGAGCGACACGAUGCGCUCUGCAUCCUGCCGCUCAACGUCGUCAACGAGAAGAUUUACGUGUUUCUCUGGUUCUGGUUCGUCAUCCUCGGGAUCCUCACAUUCAUCACCCUCAUCUAUAGAAUCGUCAUCAUCUUCUCCCCGCGCAUGAGAGUCUACAUGAUGAGAAUGAGGUUCAGGCUCGUUAGACGAGACAACGUAGACACCAUCGUACGGCGGAGCAAAAUGGGAGACUGGUACUUACUUUACAUCCUCGGGGAGAACCUCGACUCGGUCAUAUUCAGAGAUAUCAUGCACGAGUUCGCGAAUAAGUUAAAUCAUAACUAUCAACAUCAUAUCCACGGUGUUCCUGACGCGUGACCUCCGGUGCCAGGGUGGGUGUUCCACACGUGACUGACGUCAUUACAGCGCCACAUGGACCCUCCCGUCUGAGUGCGCUGUAAUCAACAAAGUGUCAACAGACUUCCAAAUUUUUUCGUUCACAUGUGAACAUUACAUUAGCGGACCUAAUUGACUGCCUAGAGGCACCCCACGCCCACGCUGAACGAUAAAUCCGCGGAGUGUAUCAUGUAUAUCAAAGACUUGUUUAAACUGUAUUUUUAAACUUAACAGUGCAAUUCUAAAAGCAAUAAUAGAUUGUACUUAAUGUUUAAGAACGUGAUCUCAGGAUGAAUUAUGUCGAAAGCCUUUAAAAAGUCAUCGGUGACGGCUAUCCCGUUAGAGUGUCUAGUGUUCAACUUUUAGAAGUACUUUUACUAGUAGUUUGGCUGCUCUUAGAAAUUGUUUGUCGAGACCGCUUCGUUUCUAUAAACUAGCGAAUAAUAUUGAAGAUAAGCACACAGAUAGCACACCACUUGUCUUUUUACACGAUUUCUCACUUGCAAAAUGUUUCAGACCAAAUAUGAAAUUAAAAAGCAAUAAUUAAAUAAUCUAUGAACAAUGUAAGAAUUUUAGAUUUAAGGAUGAUUGGCAAUAAAUCGAUGGUAAAACUAUUGUCUAGAAACUAAAUACAUUGUGGCAUAUUUGUCAUAUGCGUACUCAACUUUUGCGCGCCAAAAGACAUAAUUACGUAAUUAAAACAGAAAAUGAGCAAUUUGAAAUAAGAAUAAGUGGAAUUGGUAUUGAAAAUUCUUAUUCUCAAUUUGCUCAUUUAGUCAAUUAUUAUUUCGACAUACGACGGAAAGAAAAUCGAUUUCAUAGGUUUUCUACGAGCAGGAUGCACAGGAAAAUUAUAUGUUAUCUAGAUGAGUGCUGAAGUAGAUUGAUUUUGUAUUCAUCUGCUUCAGAUUCAUCUAGAAUUUUUAUUAAAAGGGUCGGCUGAAAGAUUUUAGACGAAAUAUGUUGGAAUCUUGUUGUGUUUAAUAGUAGUUUAUAAUGUAAAUGUAAAGGUUGUUUGUCUGUAACAAUGUAAGCUGUAACAUUAGUGCCACUGAUGUUUUCUUUACUUGCCAAUAUCGAUAUUAUUUAGCUAACUCAAUAAACACAUACUAAAUUAAUAAAAAUUAUUAUAUGUACACGAAUACUGCCAUUGGAUAGAUUUAAUCGAGCAUUAAGCAUUAUAGCGCAUUUAAAUUUAAUAUUUAUAUGUUUUAGGGCGUAAAUCUGGAAAUGUUGCCAAAACUAUAUCAGUAAUUACAAUUCUAAAUUGAUCUUUAACUAAACGAUGUAUAUAUACAACAUAGAUUAACGAAAAUAUUAAAACAGAGUGACCAAAGUGUUCAUAUUCUAUGAGGUGUUUAUUUCCAGAUUUACGUCCUAAUGAAUCUAUUUAUUUCUAGUCACAUAUUGACAUAGUUAUUGUCGGUGCGGUUUCUGCACUGCCAAUUACUACGUUGGUCGGAUAUGAAUCAUGAGAAUAAUUUAUCGAGAAUGAAACAGUAUUGUAUUUAGAUUCAUAAGCGCCAAAUAUUGUGCCAAAGUGUUAAAUAGAGGGAUGUCAAGAAGCGAAGAAGUUACCACGAGAGAUACCAAAUAAAUUACGAAAAUAC